UAUGUUUGUGUAAACGUCAAAACAACAACAGAUGGGAUGUCCCUCCUCCUCUUAUAAGAAUUUUACAUCAGUGAACAAUUUUAUUUACUUUGGGAGCUUCUAGUGACCCUCAUAGUCCUUCUCAGAAUGUCCCAUUUGAUGAAUUUGGAACUGAAAUAUGAGGUGAAGGCAGAAAUUGCGGAUGAUGAUGAAGUCUGCCGGCUUUGUGCUGAAAAAACAUCAGAUUAUUCUUCAAUUUUCCUGGACAAUCUCCAUGAAUCUCUAUCCCAGGCCUUUGGAUUGUCUAUAAAUCCUGCGGACAAUUGGCCAAAAGCUGUGUGCAGGAAGUGCAUGGAAACUGCUAAAAUAUGCCUGGAUUUCCUCACAAUCAUCCGGAAGGCUGAGACAAUAUUCCAGACAAUCUAUGGGGAAGUUGUGGAGUCAAUUUUGCUCUUCAAGCCUGACAUUGAGAUGAUUAAUGUGAAGGAAUUAUCCCCUGAUUUGGAUAAUGCUGAAAGCCUGGAUUGUGGGGUAUCAAGUCAUGAGACUGAAGAUUCGGAUUCAAAGCCCAUCCUCAGCAGGAGAAAAUCCAUGAGGACGAAAAGAAAGCAAAUUAAACCGGUGAAAGUAAAAAAGGGCCCAGAAAAACCUUUGGAAGUUAAAACUGAGGAGAUUCCUGACCAGAAGGAGAAGGAAGAAGAGAGAAAUUCUUCAAAGGAUCAAAGUGAACGGGUGUUGAGGGUGAGAAAACGGGAGCAACGGAGACAACCAAGCAGUAGUAGGGCAACAAAUACUACUGGUGAAUCCUCGAGGAAAGGACGCAGGAGUUUGGAUGAUUUGAGGAAUGAGGAUGAAAGGAUUGAACAAUUCUUCAAGCUUGACUGCAGUAUUUGCGCGGAGUCAUUCACAAAGUGGCCAGAUUUGAGGGGACACUUCAAAUCUGCCCACAAACAGGACCCCUACUUGAUGUGCUGCGACAGGAAAUUGGGGAAUCGCAUUGCAAUCAUUACGCACCUCAAUGGACACACAAAUCCCGAUGCCUACAAGUGUUUAACCUGCAACAAGGCAUUCCUCAAUGAGACACGCCUCAAUCUGCACAAUCUCAAUAAGCACAUCCCAGUUGAGCAGCACAAGUACAAAUGCCCCAAAUGCCCGAAAACCUUCAUGAUUCUCAGCAGUAUGAACAUCCAUCAGGCCAAGCAUAUGACGGAGGAUCAGAAGAAAUUCAAAUGCCCCCACUGUCUCAAGGCGUUCGCCUUCAAUGCCAUGAUGCGUCAGCACAUCCGGAACAUCCAUCAGGGUGGCGAGAGAUUUGUCUGCGAAAUCUGCGCAAAGGAAAUCAAGGGGAAGCACACGUAUGAGAUUCACGUGAAUAAUCACAAGAUUAAGGGCGUUGGGGACCUCUCGUGCCCCAUUUGUGAGAAGAAAUUCAAACGGAAGCGCCUCCUGAAGGAUCACAUUGAUCGCCACAAUCCAUCCGGAGAGGUGUUCAAGUGCGACGUCUGCGGGCGCUAUGCCCCAAAUCGUUUUGCCCUCAAGCGCCACAUUGAGAAUACGCAUCUGGAUGUGCGGAAGUACGAGUGCACUUCCUGCGAGGGGGCCUUCAAGACGAAGAUUGCCCUCAGGGAGCACACAGCCACACAUCAUGGUUCCUUCUAUGCCCUCUACACCUGCCUCUUUUGCGACAAGCAGUUUAACAGUAGCUCCAACAGGUACGUCCACCAGAAGCAGAAGCAUCCGGUUGAGUAUCAGGAAAUGCGACAGCGGAAGUUGCUCAAGGAACGAGGAGUUCUCGAUGCGGAAAAAUGAUUUUUCUUUGUAGAUAAAUAAAAUUUGAUUAAUUAAUUA